AUGUCAAGUGACGAAAGUAAAACAGCUGCUACGACUCUUGUUUCGCAAACGGUGGCGGUGUCGCCGUAUUUGUUGUCAAAUUCUGACAAUCCCGGAACGUCUAUCUCCUCUAUUACUUUGAAUGGAGAUAACUACAACGAGUGGUCAGAGGAGAUGUUGAACGCUCUGCAUGCGAAGCGGAAGACAGGCUUCAUCAACGACACGAUUCCGCAACCUCCUCUCGAUGAUCCUGAUUAUGAAAACUGGAAGACAGUUAACUCGAUGAUUGUGGGGUGGAUCCGUUCGUCGAUUACAUCAAAGGUGAAGUCCACCGUGACCUUUGUAUCUAAUGCACAUCAAUUGUGGGAGGAUUUGAAGCAGAGUUUCUCUGUUGGAAAUGAAGUUCGUGUCCAUCAGAUCAAGGCUCAACUUGCUUCGUGUAGACAAGAUGGGCAGAGUGUUUUAGACUACUAUGCAAAAUUGUGUACUUUGUGGGAUGAAUUGCACACUUACUGUCCUCCUCCGGUAUGUUCUUGCGGUGGGUGUUCGUGUGGUGUAACGGCCAAGUUUGUCAAAGAAACAGAGAAAGAGAAGCUUCAUCAGUUCUUGUUAGGACUUGAUGAUGCGCGGUUUGGAGGGUUAUGUACGAACUUCGUUGGCAAAACACCCUUGCCUUCUCUUGGUGAAGCGUAUUCGAAGGUUAUCUGCGAAGAACAACGGUUGUCCUCUGCUUGUGGUCGUGAACAGCUACAUGAUGCCGUUGGUUUCAUGGCUCGACGUGAAUCCCAUGAACCUUUGUUAGUUAAAGAUGCAACGCCUGAAUUGGUUGCGUAUUUGGGACAUUCUGAUCAUCAAGAAAGUCAUAAGCUUGGCUCUUCUUCCAUCCUAAAACCCGGAAGCAGGACACUCUGUUCUCACUGUGGGAGAACAGGGCAUGACAAACGUGAUUAUUGGCAGCUUAUUGGCUUCCCUGACUGGUGGGAAGAGCAUUCCCAGGGUCGAGGCAAUGGACGGGGACUGAGAGGAAGAGGAUCUGGAACAGGUCGUGGUCGAGGAGCGGUCACAGCCCAUGCUACUACUUCCAAUCAGUCAGUCUUUCCUGAGUUUUCACAAGAUCAGUUGAAGUUGUUGCAGCAGUUGCUUGCUGAAAAAGCAAACAAAGAAAAGCAAGGGACUGGUGGUGGUGAUAGAUUAUCUGGUAAGAAAGCUCUAGGUGAUAUUAUUCUUGAUACAGAAGCUUCUCAUCAUAUGACAGGAAAUCUCUCUUCUCUUCAACACAUUGCAAAGAUUUCUCCUUGUUCUGUUGGUUUUGCGGAUGGAAGUAACACUUUUGCCUUGUGUGUUGGAAGUUUGCCACUGUCAUGCACAAUCUCUUUAGAAAAUGUCCUUUAUGUGCCAAGUUUGAAUUGCACAUUGAUUUCUGUUUCAAAAAUUCUAAAGCAAACAAAGUGUGAUGCGUGGUUUAGUGAUGAAUUUUGCGUUUUGCAGGAUCGUUCUUCGAAGACUUUGAUUGGAAGUGGUGAAGAGCGUGAUGGGGUUUACUACUUGAAAGAGGUUGUUUCAGCUAAGAUACACAGUGUGAAAGCUGCUGUUGACGACACAUUGUGA